UGUCCGCAGGGCCCAUGGCGUCCCCGCGGUGCCCGGUGCCGGCGGGCGCGGGUCUGGCGCUGGCGCUGGGCUGCGCGCUGGGCGGCGCGGCGCUGGUGGUGCUGGCGGGCGCGGUCCCGCGGGCGCCGCGCCCCGACCCGGCAGUCCCUGCCCGCCAGAUGGAGCGGCUGGAGGCGCGGGCGGCCCGGCUCCGCGCCCGCCUCGACCGCUGCACCGUGGCCGGGCUGGCUUUGCUAGCCCUGGGUGGGCUACUGCUCGCCGUUCUGCUGCUGGCCACCGCCGCCGCCCGUCGCCGCGCCCGCGCCGCCCGACAGACCGGGGGCACCUACGGCUCCGUGCGCCUGCGGAUGCGGAGGGUGUCGGCCGAGGGGACGCGAGCGCUGCUGGAGACCCAGCUCAGCCCGCCACCGCAGCCCCCCGAGGGGCCGGGCUCGUAGCCCUACGUGCCUCGGACCUCCCACGCCGCCAGCAGAAGCAGGGCUCCCCUCGCCGCGCCCCGACACGGAUGCCAUCCGGGUCCUGCCCACCAGCACUGGAGCGACGCGGCUUUGGGAUUCCCUGCUAGACUAUGUGGCCACAGGCUGUUCCCACCACCAGCACCAGGGCAGCGUGGCCUUUGGAUGCCCCAAUCACCUCCCUACCACCUUCCUGGACAAGGUCCUGCCCACCAGCACUGGAGCGAUGCAGCUUUGGGAUUCCCUGCUGGACUGCGCAGCCACGGGCAGCUUUGGGAUUCCCUGCUGGACUGCGCGGCCACGGGCAGCUUUGGGAUUCCCUGCUGGAUUGCGCGGCCACGGGCAGUUCCCACCACCGUCAUUGGGGCAGUGUGGCCUUCAGACAUCCCACUCGUGUCCCCAGCACCUUCCCGGGUCCUGCCCACCAGCAUCAGGGCAGCAUCACCUUUAAGAUGCCCGUAGGAUUUCCAUGCCAUGGUUGAGGACUGGAUGCGAGGCCGAGCUCCCUGUCACAGGCAGCUCCUUCCCAGCAGCCAGAGCGUGGGGUCGGCUGCUCCUCUUCAGGCUGGAGCUGCUCAUUUUACGCCACCAGUGACUUCUUUUAGCAAUAGUUUCUUGUAAAACCUUUUGGCAUGCAGUUGGCGCUUGCACCACUCUGGGCAGAAGCAAUGGGGACCGCAAGCGUCUCCACUGGCUGUGAGGGGUCUGCCCCCCACCAGCCCCACUCCAGAACUCUGGGACCCGCACUGUGCCAAGCAUCCCAUUCCCACCAGUAAGCCCAGAAUGGCCUCCUCAAAAAUCAUGGUGCUUUUAUGGGGGUGAGAGGACAAUUCCCAAAGCCUGGAACCGAUGCAGUUCUUCUAUUGCCAUGUUAGAUUGGCAGCUCUGCCUUUGCAUGAGCCUCUGUGCUGACCCCGAGGGCCAUUGUCUGCAGCGUGAAGGUAAAAUUGCAUCUCGGGAAUUAAACAUGCAGCAUCAUUAAAGAAUGAUCUCCCGUGGAAAGGAAAAUCGGGAUGAGUGAGAUGCUGAGAAAGGGAAAUCAUUAUUUCGUAGGAAAACAGACCCACAAAAAGUGGUGGUUGUCAUGAUCUGCCACCAGUUUCUAAUCCAUCCCAUAAAUUUGGAUUCAAAUGUUUGCAGGUGGAGACAAAUCUCUCCCGGCACAAGAGGAAAGGCAUUUUUACAUGCAGUGCUGUUGCCCAGGUCAGGAUUUAGUUCAGGGCUCCCAGUGUCCCCCUCAGAUGCUGGGGAUGGGAUCUCUGCCCUGUGCUUUCCUUUUGUCCUGUGGCUGCAAAGGGCCACGGUCCCUCUCCCUGUCACCAUGUCACCCAUCCACGCUCUGUAUUUGUUGUAUUUAUUGUGGGAUGAAAGGGAGGAAGAAGGGGAGGAAGGCUUUUAUGUGGGAUCUGCCAGGGGAGCCCAGGGUGUUGGCAAGGAGAUUCCCGCAGGGAAGGCUGAAAUCCUUCCUGGAACUCAGCACUGGCCCCGCGAGCCUGGAUUAGAAGAAAGACCUGUUAGAUGGAGAAACCAUCCUCAUCAAUUUUUGCCACUUGAAGUAAGAUAGAAAGUGGCUUUCCAGGGUGGAAGGCUGAGCCUGGCUGGAGGUUCCAUCUGCUGAGCACCUGCGUUACAUGAGCACGAGACACACUCCCAUGGAACAGAGCAGGAGGCUGCUCAAGAGACUCUGGGAAGGGGCUGCGUUUGCUUUGUCAGCACAUCCCUGGGCUGUCCCUGAGGGACCUUGCAGGACUGGGGGGAAAAAGCCUCUCAAUGGACAUAUGUAUAUUUAAAGUGAACGAAUUGUGUUGAGGAAGGAGUGCCAGUAAAGAAGCUCCCCCAUCAAGAUUCAGAAUUGGAAAGUGAUUUCAUACAGAGACCACCAGGGCCGGGACGCAUGGGGGACGCAGCACAGGGGUGCAGAGCUGCUGGCAGCCCCACAGCUUCCUCCCUGCCUUGGCCUGGGCAUCCCUUCAUCACAGGUGCUGAUCUGUGAUGGUUAACAUGCAGCGGUGUAUAUAGGAGCAAUCACAUGGAUUCAUGGAACCAUGGAAUGGUUUGGGUUGGAAAGAACCUCAAAGCCUACCCAGUCCCACCCCCAUGCCAUGGGCAGGGACACCUCCCACUGGAUCUGGUUGCUCUAAGUACCAUCCAACCCAGCCUUGAACCCUCCCAGGAAUGGGGCAGUCACCACUGCUCUGGGCAACCUGGGCCAGGGCCUCCCCACCCUCACAGCAAAACAUUUCUCCCUAAGAUCUCAUCUCAAUCUCCCCGCAUUCAGCUCAAAACUGUUGCCCUCAUCCUAUCCCUGCACUCCUUGAUCAAGAGCUCCUCUCCAGCUUUCCUGGAGCCUCUUUCCAUACUGAAAGCUGCUUUAAGGUCUCCCUGGAGCCUUCUCUUCUCCAGGCUGAACAACCCCAAUUCUCCCAGCGUGCCCUUGUAUGGGAGGUGCUCCAGUGGGACAUGGAGCACAGCACAAGGGCAGGUGGGCAGGCAGGACAUCCUUGAACCCUAACUCAGCACAGAACUCUCCACUUCUCAUCUUUUGGGGGUGUCUCUAUUUGUGCCAGAGGUGAGCAAAGAGGGAAUGACCCAGUACACCUCUCCCAGUCCCAUAUAACGGGGUGUGCUUUGUUUUCCCAUCUCUGCAAUACGCACUGGCUCCUCCUUUGUGCCGUGCAUGGGGUCCCAGAGAGCAUCAUCUGCAGGGUAAUUAGCAGCGCUGAGGCCUCUGCUUUGGGGAGCUUGUGGGGCAGGUGCCGCUGGGCUGGGUGUACUGGCAGAUGGCCUUGAGGACUUUCUGGAGAUCUCAAGCCAUGACAGAUAAUCCAGCGCCUUUGCUGCGGGAGGAGGCAGGGCUGUACCUGUGCCAGGACCACACGUGUCAGCCCCAGCCACUCUUCACAGCCUCCACAUCAAACUAACUUGGUGUGCUCCCUUGCAUGUUAAUGCUUUGCAUCACUGACAUUGGCAGCAGCCGUGCCAGGGAUAGGGACACACAGCCAGCGGCUGGGACCAUCGCUCCUGCUGGUCGGACACCCGGCCCUUGGAGCUGCCAUGCUCGAUUUGGUAUGAGCUACAGCUGGGAUGGCUGUCCCCAAACCAUGCUUGGAGAAAGGGGCUUAUUCCCAGCUGCUGGCUCUGCAGAUGGGG